AUGGGCGUCGCGGUGGGGUGUACUGUGGAUGGAAAGAGCCCGAGCGAGGUGGAGGUCCCUGAGCUCUUUUUUUCUUUUGACCUUGGCUUUGGUUUUUCCUUUCGAUCUGUGGUUCAGUUCCACCGACCACGGUCUCCGAACGCGGUCACAAAGUCGAAAAGACUUUCCGUGAGUCUUUUUGUCUUUCUUCCCCACUAUCGCAUCUGCUGGUCAGGACUCAGGUUGGUCUUGUUUCACUCUGGGAUAGAAAUGAAGCUUGUGGCUAUGGAGGUGGAGGUGAUCACUCUGCUUUUCAUCGCCUUCUCACAUUUCGCGUGCUGCUAUGGUUUUAAUUUGGAACAGCAGGACAGGAAAGCGUUGGAAACAGACGAAGCUCUCGUCCUUCUGUCUUUCAAGCGAGCCUUGUCGCUUCAAGUUGACGCACUUCCGGACUGGGACGAGGCAAACCGCCAGAGUUUCUGCUCGUGGACGGGUGUUCGUUGCUCCUCAAACAACACAGUGACGGGGAUUCAUCUCGGAAGUAAGAACUUUUCUGGCUCCUUGUCUCCUCUUCUGGGAGAUCUCCGUAGCUUGCAGCAGCUAAAUCUCUCGGACAACUCUCUCAGUGGAAACAUACCGGGUGAGCUCUUUAGCCUUGAUGGAUCGCUGACAGCGUUGAAUCUCAGCUUCAACACUCUCACUGGUCCGAUCCCGUCCACCAUCUACGCCUCCAGGAAUUUGGAAAGCAUCGACCUCUCCCGCAACUCGUUAACCGGUGGAGUACCUGUGGACCUCGGGCUCCUCGGCCGGCUGCGUGUUCUUCGUCUCGAAGGCAACAACAUCACCGGCAGUGUUCCUGCGUCGCUUGGCAAUUGCUCGCAGCUCGUGGAGCUAAGUCUCAUCGAGAACCAGCUCGAUGGUGAGAUCCCGGAAGAACUCGGCAAGCUGCGACAGCUCAGGUACCUCCGGCUCUACAGAAACAAGCUGACAGGCAACGUUCCAGGAUCACUGAGCAACUGUUCUGGCAUCGAGGAGCUCCUCGUCUCUGAGAACUUUUUGGUGGGAAGGAUUCCAGAAAGUUAUGGCUUGCUCUCGAAGGUGAAGCUGCUCUACCUCUGGGGAAACAGGCUGACGGGUUCUAUACCGAGCUCUUUGUCCAACUGCACGGAGCUUGUCCAGCUUCUACUCGAUGGAAACAGCUUGACAGGACCUUUGCCACCCGAGCUGGGGAACAGGUUGACGAAGCUCCAGAUCCUGAGCAUUCACUCCAACAUACUCUCAGGUGUGAUUCCAGAAUCAGUGGCAAACUUUUCGUCACUCCACUCGCUGUGGUCUCACGAGAAUCGCUUCUCCGGAAGCAUACCCCGAUCACUGGGAGCAAUGAGAGGCCUGUCAAAGGUAGCACUUGAAAAAAACCAACUUGGCGGCUGGAUCCCGGAGGAGAUAGGAAACGCAUCGCGACUCCAGGUGCUGAGGCUACAGGAAAACCAGCUCGAGGGUGAGAUCCCAGCGACGCUCGGCUUUUUACAGGAUCUACAGGGGUUGUCGCUACAAUCGAACAGACUUGAAGGAAGGAUUCCUCCGGAACUAGGCCGGUGUUCUUCGCUAAACUACUUGAAGCUCCAGGACAAUAGGCUUGUAGGGACGAUUCCAAGCAACUUAAGUCAGCUCUCGCAGCUGAGAAAUCUGGACGUGUCGAGAAAUCAGCUCACAGGGGUCAUUCCAGCGAGUCUCUCGAGCUGCUUCCGGCUAGAAAACGUCGACCUUUCUUACAACUCUCUCGGCGGUAGCAUUCCACCACAGGUUCUCAAGCUUCCAGCUCUCCUCUCGGGAUUUAAUCUCUCGCACAACAGGUUGACGGGAGAGAUUCCACGAGACUUUGCGAGCAUGGUUUUGGUCCAGGCAAUCGAUCUCUCUGCCAACCAGUUGACGGGAUUCAUACCAGAGAGCCUUGGAGCUUGCACAGGACUUGCAAAGCUGGACCUUUCGUCCAACCUCUUGACUGGAGAGAUCCCGCCAGCACUGGGAGAUCUCUCAGGACUUUCCGGAGCUCUAAAUCUCUCGAGGAACAACAUAACUGGGAGUAUACCCGAGAAGCUCUCCAAGUUGAAGGCUCUGUCGCAAUUGGAUCUGUCACACAACCAACUUUCCGGGUUCGUUCCAGCUCUGGAUCUUCCAGACCUUACUGUUCUUGAUAUUUCGUCCAACAACUUGGAAGGCCCAAUACCGGGGCCUUUGGCAAGCUUCUCUUCUUCCUCGUUUACGGGAAACUCCAAGCUUUGCGGGCCAAGUAUCCACAAGAAAUGCCGCCAUAGACAUGGUUUCUUCACCUGGUGGAAAGUUCUCGUUGUCACUGUCACGGGAACUUUGGUACUACUGCUGCUGCUGCUGGUGAUCGCAGCUGCUUACGUACUCAAAAUCCAUCGACAAAGCAUCGUUGAGGCACCGACUGAAGAUAUUCCUCACGGCCUCACGAAAUUCACCACUAGCGAUCUUUCUAUAGCCACGGACAACUUUAGCAGCAGCAACGUAGUCGGAGUUGGAGCUUUGAGCAGUGUUUACAAAGCACAGCUACCGGGAGGACGCUGCAUUGCCGUGAAGAAGAUGGCAUCGGCGAGAACCUCUCGCAAGCUUUUCUUGAGGGAGCUCCAUACUUUGGGGACGCUGAGGCAUCGCAACCUUGGACGAGUUAUUGGAUACUGCUCGACGCCGGAGCUCAUGGCUAUAAUCCUCGAGUUUAUGCCAAAUGGAAGCCUCGACAAGCAGCUUCACGAUCAUCAGAGCCGACUAGAAGCUUUUAGCACCUGGGAAGUCCGCUAUAAGAUCGCUCUGGGAACUGCUCAGGGACUGGAAUACCUUCAUCACCAAUGCAGCUCGCCAGUUCUUCACUGCGAUCUCAAGCCAUCUAACAUUCUCCUCGACUCGGAGCUACAAUCUCGCAUAAGUGACUUUGGGAUCUCCAAAGUGAGAGUGCAAAACACGAGAACGACGACGUCGAGCUUCAAAGGGACGAUUGGAUACGUAGCACCAGAGUAUAGCUACUCAAGCAUUCCCUCGACGAAAGGGGACGUUUUCAGCUAUGGAGUAGUUUUGUUGGAACUUGUCACUGGGAAGCGUCCGACUGGUAACUUUGGAGAUGGGACGAGCCUAGUUCAGUGGGCUCGUAGUCACUUUCCUGGAGAAAUAGCGAGCCUUUUGGACGAGACCAUCGUUUUCGAUCGUCAAGAGGAACAUCUCCAGAUACUGCAAGUCUUCGCAGUGGCACUGGCAUGCACGAGAGAGGAUCCACAACAAAGACCCACCAUGCAAGAUGUGCUCGCCUUCCUGACGAGAAGGAAAGCUGAGCACGAAGAGCACUGCAUUGAAACGCUUGCGCAUGCUUCCAGCCCAUACGAUGCCAUUGACACGAGGGAGGAGAAAUUUGUGAGCACAAGCUGAGAGUAAGGUUUUUCAAAUGGUCUCAUAUGGAGGAUAUGGAGGUAAGACUCUUGAAGUUCCUUUGCAUGGAUUCUCCGAGGUACUGAGAGCGUUUGGAGCUGAAGUUAUAAUGUGGAAGGAUGAAGCUGAUAUUUCAGUAAAAUUCAAACUAUCAAUUAAGUAAA